AUGUUCCUGCAAAUCCGCAUGCGGAAGGAGGACACGCAUGCACAACGUUUCCUUUGGCGAGAAAAUCCCACUGAUGACGUGGAGGUCUAUCUGGUUGACGUCGUUACGUUUGGGUCAGCAUGCUCUCCGGCCACCGCACAAUACGUCAAGAACCGUAACGCAAAAGAGCACGCUGAAAUGUAUCCUUGGGCUGAGAGUGGAAUUGUCUCCAGCACAUACGUGGACGACUAUCUCGACAGCUUUGGUACAGUGGAGGAGGCGGCCCGAGUUGCUAAAGAUGUCCACAGAAUUUUCCAAAAUGGAGGGUUCGUACUGCGUAACUGGUUAUCAAAUGACGGAAAUGUGCUGGAGCAACUUGGUCUUGACAACACCUUCUUGAAUGCUAAAAGCUUGACGUCGGCCACGGACGAAGGAGAGCGCGUGUUGGGGUUACGGUGGAACCCGAAAUCAGAUGAACUGACAUUCUACACCCAGACGUGCAAGGAAAUGGCAAAGAUCUUCGACGCAGAACACACGUCCACUAAAAGAGAGGUGCUGAAAUGCGUGAUGUCGCUCUUCGAUCCCUUAGGGCUGCUGGCACAUUAUACUAUCCACGGUAGGAUAUUGAUUCAGGAUCUUUGGCGUGCAGGCACUGCAUGGGACGAAACUAUCGACCAGAGACAGAUUCGUGAUUGGCGCCGAUGGGUGGACUUGUUUCCAAUAGUAGCGCAAAUCAGGAUUCCGAGAUGCUAUUUCCCGGGAGCGCUGGAAGAGAUGUACGACCAGGCGGAGAUGCACCUCUUUGUGGACGCUAGUCAGUUGGCUUAUCGGUGUGUGGUGUAUCUGAGGGUCAUCGACGCCGGCGGGGAGCCGCAUUGUACAUUGGUAUGCGGCAAGUCCAAAGUAGCUCCUCUGAAACCGCUGACUAUCCCGAAGAUGGAGCUGCAGGCCUGCCUAUUGGGGGUGCGAAUGCUGAGAACAAUGGAAAGUCAUCACCCAUUUCGCACCAAGAGAAGGGUUCUUUGGACGGACAGUAUGGUGGCACUGUCAUGGAUACACGCGGAUCCGAGGAACUACAGACCGUUCGUUGCCAAUCGAGUGGCGGAGAUUCGCGAGAAGUCGGAUCUCACCGAAUGGCGAUGGGUGCCUACUCACGAGAAUCCAGCGGACGAGACGACGAAAUGGAAGGGGCAGACUAAACUCGGCUGGGACAGCAUCUGGUUCCAGGGUCCAACGUUUUUGCUACUGGAUGAAUCAUCGUGGCCGAUGAAAAAACCGGUUUCCACUACUCCAGAGGAGGAAAUACGGCGGGUUUAUCUUCAUCUGGAGAAAGUGAAUCAUGAUCUUCUACCCCUCGAUGCGGAGCGCUUCAGCCGUCUGGAGAGAAUGCUUUGA